GCAGUAGGCAGAGACCCGACACGAGAGAUGGUAGAUACCGCUCAGCCAUGCUAGACGAGAGCAUCUGCGCACUGAUGAGGUUCACUCCUCAAUCAUCAUGACCUACCGAAACUCACACAUCUUUGAGCAUUUCCUUUGGCAGGAGAGGUGCAGUGACGAAGAGGACAUUGGCCUUGACAUGAGGGCACUUGUCGGCGACAUAACUUUGUCUUAAAAGCCAGCGGUGUAGUCAACCCACUACCAGCCAUUUCAGCCGCACAUGUACAUUGUGCUUUUCAAGUUCGUAGAUUGAUGCAAGACGAAGGAAGAACGAAAAAAUGCUGACUAAUCUUCCUCAUCCGAGUCACGUGCAACAAUCACGACAACUUGAACCACAAUGCAAGAGACAAAGAUGCCGCCUGCAAUAACGAUGCACAGCUCCCAUGCUAGACAAAGCCGAUGCUCUGUUCCACGCCGACAGAGAUUUCUAGUGCGGACCAUAAAGAAAGACAAUAUUACAGGAAUCAUGAAAUGACAUAGUGGAGUAUCUCGACUUCAUCCCUCAUUUCUCCAAAUGAUGAGUUGCUUUCACCCACCCACUGCAUUUACCCCAACUUGAAUCUCAAUGCCGUUCCGAUGCCACCACAGUUUGCGUCAGGAACUGAAUGAUGGGGUGGGAAACUCAUUUCUCGAAUCUGUUUCGGAAGGCGUUCGUAGCGUUCCAGAAAACCGAGCUGGAUCUUUUUUCGUAUAUUCUGCAUCGCUGACCACACUAGCUUGGUCCUCACAAGACUGGCCCACUGGCUGACGACCGAUUCUUCUAAUGUUCACCAGAAUCACUGAUCCCUUUUAAGCAUACAGUAUACUUCUGUACAGCCGAUCAAUACCACCUACGACGCGAAGGGGCACAAGGCACGGCGAUUGUCAUCUCACCACCUAAAAGGCAACGCAGCCUAAACUCCUGCCGCAGGGUCAGUUCUGUCGAUAUGGAUUUAUCAAAAGUCUCGGGGAUUGGCUUCAUCGGUCUAGGGGCCAUGGGCCUCCCCAUGGCCGGUCACCUCGCAGCCAAACUGCCUGAAGAUAUUCAACUGUUUGUGUACGACAUCAAUCAAGCCAGCGUGGACCAAUUACACAAAGACUAUCCAAAGAGAGUGGUCGAAUGCUCGAGCGCAAGGGAUGUCGCAGACAAGUCGGACAUCAUCAUCACGAUGCUUCCCGAAGGCAAACACGUGCGUUCGGUAUACAUGGGCGACGGCGACAGCGAAGCCGACUCGAAAUCAAUAUGCGCAAGCGACGUCACAGGCAAACUGCUGCUCGACUGCUCGACCAUCGACACGGCCAGCAGCCUAGCGGUGAAAGACUACAUCCGCAACAAAUUCCCAGCCAGCACAUCCUUCUACGACGCGCCCGUCAGCGGCGGCGUGGUGGGCGCCCAAAAGGGCACGAUUGCAUUCUUUCUAGGCUGUGACGGCAGUGACCCCAACCUGCCGUUUCUGACGGAACUGCUGAAGCUCAUGGGCAAAGAUGUGAUUCCCUGUGGUGGGCCUUCAAAAGGACUGGCGGCGAAACUGUCCAACAACUACUUAUCCGGCAUCAUUGCCAUUGCUGUAUCGGAGGCAAUGGACAUGGGAAUGAGAUCUGGGUUGGACCCGCGGGUCCUGGCUAAAGUGUAUGCGGCGGGCACGGCGCAAAACACCAUCUGCGACAGAUUCUGUCCCGUCCCCGGCGUGUAUCCGGAAGCACCGUCCUCUAAGGGCUAUACCAAUGGGUUCAGGGUGCAGUUGAUGCGUAAGGAUUUCUCGCUGGCGCUGGAAAUGGCGAAUCGGGUUGGUGCGAAGAAUGUCCUGGGCGAGGCGGGCUUGGCCACUUACGACGGUGCCAGCAAUGAUCCCCGGUGUCGAGAUCUGGACUCUCGGGUUGUGUUUCGGUAUCUGGGCGGGAAUGAGGAUUGGCAGAAGGAUGCGGAUGAUGCGACGGCGAAUACACAGACGUGAGGAGACAAACAGAGAUGAACGAGUACAGUAUAUAUACGGGGGAUUGGCUAUCGAUGAGUACCACAAUCAUCCCACCAUAUACUAUAUAAUAUAUAUACUCUUUGCGCGCUGCUGGGUGUCUACCUUUUGGUGAAGGACAGCCGAUUGCGUAAGGUAUUCCAACUCG